UGCCUUAAAUUUUACACCAACAAACAUCUUUUCUCUUGCUGAAGUUGCCGCCAUUUUUUAUUGUUUUAUGUAUUCUCGUUUUUAUUUGCAAGUUCGAGCAAAUUGAUAAUAAGCACCCAUUUUGGUAAAAUAAUAUUUCAUAUCGCUGCACACGAAAUAAAAGGAUCUUUGUCUGGUACAAUUCCUUGUCUUAAACGCCCUGGUUGAAUAAUUAGCAGGCAGUAUGAAACGCGACGCUUACGGAGAAGAUGGUCCAAUGCAGAAACGCCAGCGGCAGACCGAUGACGAAGUCACCUUCCUCAUUCCGAGCAAGGUGGCGGGGUCAAUUAUUGGAAAAGGCGGAUCCAAUAUAUCAAAGCUGAGAAAUGAGUACAAAGCCUCUAUAACAGUCCCAGAUUGCCCCGGCCCCGAACGGGUACUGUCCAUAACGGCGUCGGAUAUCGACACGAUUAUGGAGAUCGUGAGAGAUAUCCUUCCAAAUCUGGCUGAUGGUGGACCAAAAGGAAACAGCAACGAAGACCUGGACGUCCGUCUACUGAUCCACCAGAGCAGAGCCGGCUGCGUCAUCGGCAAAGCCGGCGCCAAGAUCAAGGAGUUACGAGAGCAAACUGGCGCCCGGCUGAAGAUAUUCUCGAACCCCGCGCCGCAAAGCAUGGAGCGCGUGGUGCAGCUGGUGGGCAAGGCGGAGUGCGUGGCGGCCGGCGUGCGCGAAGUUCUCACUCUUAUCCGACAGGUGCCGAUCAAAGGUGCCAUCCAGAACUAUGAUCCACACAACUAUGAUGAUUACUACGCGGACGAGUACGGUGGCUUCGGCAGCGGCCAGGGGCCCCGAGGCAGCGGGCCGCGAGGGGCGCCGCCGCGUGGCCCUCCGCGCGGGCCGCCGCCCAUGGGGCCUGGAGGAAGGCCCCCGCCACCGAGGGGCGGCCCUCCAAUGGGUCGCAGUGGACCAGGUGACGAUUUCGACUGCGGCCCUCCACCCAGAGCGUUCAACGACUUCUCCGGACCAGGGCCACGUAGCAACUUCAACGGGCCCCCGCGUGGCGGCUUCGGUGGCGGAAACUUUGGUGGCGGCGGUGGCGGCUUUGGUGGCGGCCGCGGCUCCGGCGGCGGCAGCUUCAACGGCGACGGCGGCAGCCAGCAGGAGACCACCACGCAAGUCACUAUUCCCAAAGAUCUGGCGGGCGCGAUAAUCGGCAAGUCGGGGACGCGGAUCCGGAAGAUCCGAGCUGAGUCCGGCGCCGGCAUCGAGAUCGCAGAGCCCCUGCCGGGCGCCAGUGACCGAAUCAUCACCAUCACCGGCACUCCGCAGCGCAUACAGAAGGCGCAGUACCUGCUACAACAGAGUGUACAUGAAAGCAACCCCAACCUCGGCCGUGGAAACUUUUGAUUCUGAGCGUUAAUUCAUAGGGUUAGUUUAUAAGUCGCCACAAUUCAUCACUUGAUUAAGGAACAAUUUUUUUGAGGCUCAUAUUUCUAUGAACUUUGAACUGUAAUAAAAUCUAAUAAUAUUAUGUCUAUAAUAUUCACCGUUGAUUUACGGGUUUUAUGUUAGUGAAGAAGAGGUACGCAUUUAUGAAUAAAUAACAUUAAUUGAAAACUCAAAACUUGAAAGAGAUUGAGUUUGAUGGCAAUGAUUUAAAUUUCAAUUUACUGAUUUGUUACAUUGAUUGUAUUUUUAAGCGAAUAAAGAAUAGAAAUAAAAGGUUUAUUUUAUGA